AUGGCCUCUUCCAGCCUUCAGAAUCCCACCCCCGCGCAGCGCACCCCCGGCAAGUCCCGCAAGGGCUCCGGCUCCAGUGCCGUCUCGAAACCCGACCUCGCCAGCCCCAAGGCCAAGAAGACCCCACGCAAGCUCCACGCCAAGGAACCCAAGUCCAAGCCCAUCGAUGACCCCGAGCCAGACACCACCGAGCAGGAACAGGAGCAGGAGCAGCCGUCCACCCCCUCGCCCAAGCCGAAGAAGAAGAAGAGGGAGCCCAGACCCGAGCCCGAGCAGCGCGACGCGCCGUCCCCGGCCCCUACUCCCCAGGACGACGAGGGAGAAGUCGACACUCCGGCCCCGGAGACCCCCAAGCCAAAGAUGAAGAAGAAGAAGAAGAGAUCCGAGCAGCGCGAGGCUCCUUCUCCUGCUCCUGCACCUGAGCCUGCGCCUCAAGACGAUGACGAUGGCGACGACGACGGCCAGGACCAGGACCAGGAACAGGCCGAGGCAUCUGCCCCCGAGACUCCCAAGCCAGAGGAGAAGAAGAACAAGAAGCAGGCCAAGUCCGUCUCCGAGCAGCGCGAGGCGUCGCCUGCACCUACUCCUGCGCCCGAAGACGACGAUGACCAGGAUGAUGACGAAGACGAGCAAUUCGACGACGCGCCUGCCCCCGAGACGCCUGACCCGAGCAGGAAGAAGGCCAAGUCCGUUCCGGAGCAGCGGGGCAUCGACUCCCCCGCCCCGGACGACGCCCAGUCCCUCGCAUCCGGAUCUGCAAGCGGCAGUGCUGGCGGCAGCAGCAAGGCGUCCGGCCUGACCGGCCAAGCCAAGAGCCUCGGUGGCAAGGCCAAGGAUACCGCCGAAGACGCCAGCGAGAAGGCCAAAGACAGUGUCCCCGCGGCUUUGGACUUGUCGGCUCUGAAGGGUCUCGAGGUCGGUGAAGGCGGCCAGGUUUUUGGCCAGGAUGGCAACCCGCUCGGUCACGUCGUGGAAGGCGAUCCAGAGGACCUCGAGGGUCUAGAGAUCGGCGACGACGGCGAGAUCCUCGAUGAAGACGGUGAUCUCGUUGGCCGCGUCGAGCUUCUACCUGAAGCGGCACAGAAUGCCGCUGAUGAUGCCACUGAUGCUCCCGAGCAGGCCAAAGACAUGGCUGGCGAAACCGCUGAACAAGCCAAGGAUAAGGCCGGCGAGACUGCCGACCAAGUCAAAGACACGGCCGGUGACACCGCCGAGCAGGCCCAGCACGCCGUGACCGAUUUGGCAGACCUGGACGGCCUGUCCGUCUCCGAUGGCGGCGUCAUCAAGAACAAAGCCGGCCAGGCCGUGGCCAAGGUCUCCGAGGGCGAUCCCGAGGACCUGGUUGGCUACACCGUCAACGACGAGGGCGAGAUCGUCGAUGAAGACGGCGAUCUCAUCGGUCGUGUGGAACUGCUGCCCCAGGAAGCCCAGGAGGCCGCCCAGAAGGCGGGUGAUGUGCCUGAGGAGGCUUCCAAGGCGGUAGACCAGGCCAAGGACGCCGCAGACGAUACUGCGAGUCAUGCCAAGGAUACUUCCGAGGACACGGCUGAUCAGGCCAAGAAGACCGUGAAGGACCUCGCGGACCUUGAGGGUCUGCCUGUCUCCGAAGGAGGCGUCAUCAAGGAUAAGUCCGGCGAGGUGGUCGGCAAGAUCGCCGAGGGAGACCCCGAGGACCUUGUUGGCUAUACGCUGAAUGACGAGGGCGAGGUCCUUGACGAGGACGGCGAUGCAAUUGGUCGUGCCGAGAUCGUCUCCCAGAAGGCGGACGAUGUGACCGAGAAUGCCAGCGAGGCUGCCGACACGGCCAAGGAUACUGCCGAGGAUGCCGUCGACCAGGCUAAGAAAUCCGCGAAGGACCUCGCUGACCUCGACGGCCUGCCUGUCUCCGAAGGAGGCGUCAUCAAGGACAAAUCCGGCGAGGUGGUCGGCAAGAUCGCUGAGGGAGACCCCGAGGACCUUGUUGGCUACACUUUGAACAACGAGGGCGAGGUCCUUGACGAGGACGGCGAUGCCAUCGGCCGUGCCGAGAUUGUUUCUCAGCAGGCCGACAGCGCCACCGACAAGGCCACCGACAAAACUGAUGAGGGUGAAGAUGCCAAAGUCGACGAGGCCGAUAAGCUCGCUCCCGAAGACGAGCAAACCCAAAAGGACAUUGCCAAGCAGGCCAUUGAGAGUGUGCAGCAGCAGCAGCAGCCGGAGGACAUUGACGACAAGACUGAAACUGCCGUCGACGACGCAACUGAGAAAGCAGACGACGACGGCUCCGACGUAGAAGACGCCAAGGACGACGCUGUUCCCAAGCCAGAGGAUGCCGCCACGGAGGCUGCAGAGAAGGCAGCCGACGACUCCAAAGCCGACGAGGCUGAGGAAGAAGAGGAAGAAGCCGAGCAACUGCCUCCCCUGUCCACGCUAGAAGGCCUGAAGUGCACCAAGGCCGGCAAGAUCAUCAGCCCGACCUCCGGCAAGCCGAUUGGCGAGCUGAUCGAGGGCGACGCGAAGAAGAUCGCCAAGCUGGGCGCGCAGCUGGACGACAAGGGCCAGUUCUGGGACAACCGGGGCAAGAUCCUCGGCAAGGCGCAGACGCUGCCGGUGCAGGACUACGACGAGGAGCCGCCGUUUGCCGGGCUUGAGGGCCUGCACGUCGUCGAGGACGGGUGGGUCGAGGACGAGAACGGCAAGCGGGUGGGCAAGAUCGUCGAAGGCGACGCGAAGAAGAUCCUUGGGCGCGCCGUGGACGAGGACGGUGACGUGACGGACAAGCACGGCAACGUGAUCGCGCGCGCCGAGUACUACGAGGCGCCGGAUGAGCCGGAGGCCGAGGCGACGGACCUCUCGCAGCUGAACGGCCUGAAGCCAAACAAGCUGGGGUUCGUGAUCGGGUCGAGCGGCGUGCCGAUCGCGCGGGUCGUCGAGGGCAACGUGAAGGAGCUGGCGGGCAAGGAGAUCGAGGACGGGCAGAUCUGGGACGGGCGCAAGGCGAUCGGGCGCGUGGAGCUGAUCCCGGAGGAGGAGCGCGAGAAGAAGCCCGAGGGCCCGUUUGCGGGGCUGGACAACCUGGUCGUGAACAAGGACGGGUUCGUCGAGGACGACGACGGCAACGUCGUCGGGCAGGUGACGGAGGGCGAUGCGAAGAAGCUGCGCGGGCGGGCCGUCGACGAGGACGGCGACAUCAUCGACAAGUUUGGCAACGUCAAGGGCCACGCGGAGCCGUACGAGCAGCCGGAGGAAGAGGAGGCGGCGAAGCCCGACCUGUCGAUCCUGGAGGGUAAGACGGUCAACAAGGCCGGCAACGUGGUGGACGCGCAGGGCAACGUGUUUGGGCGCAUCACGUCCGGCGACAAGCGGCUCGCGGGCCGCAAGGUCGACGGACAGGGCCAGAUCUGGGGUGACGACGGCAAGGUGAUCGGGCGGGCGGAGCUGGUGCCCGGCGCCGAGCAGGAGAAGCCCGAGGGCGCGUUCUUCGGCUUCGACCACGCCGAGGUCGGCAAGGACGGGGUCGUGGUCGACGGCGGCCGCAUCAUCGGCCGGGUGGUCGAGGGCGACGCGAGGAAACUGCAGGGCCGCAAGGUCGACGAGGACGGCGACAUCCUCGACAAGAACGGCAACACGAUCGGCCGCGCAGAGCGCUGGGAGCCCGAGGAGAAGAAGCGCAGCGUCAACCCCAUGUCCGGCCGCAAGGUCAACCGCCAGGGCGAGGUGCGCGACGCCGACGGCAACCUCAUCGGCAAGCUGACCUCGGGCAACCUGGGCACGCUGGUCGGCAAGGAGAUCGACGACAACGGCUACGUGGUCGACAACGACGGCAACAAGCUGGGCGAGUGCACCUUGCUCGAGAACCUGCCCGAAGAGAAGGAGGAGGAAGAGCCCGCGACGGGUCCCACGCCGGAGGAAGAAGAAGCCCAGAAGAAGGCCGACCAGGACCGAGAGCUGGCCAAGAAGAUGACCAGCAUCAUCUCGCAGACGCUGGACCGCCUGCACCCGACCUGCAAACGCAUCGCAGAGCUCAUCGAACGCGCCGAGCGCACGCCCAAAGACGAACUCGACGAAGAAAAGCUCGUCAAGGACGUGAAGCCCCUCAUCGAAGAAGGCGGGCAAGUCCUGCAAGAAUGCAACGGGGCGAUCCGCGCGCUCGACCCGGACGGCAAGAUCGCCGCGACGGCGAAGGCGCGCGCCGCCGCGCACGAGGCCACGCCCGAGGAGUACGCUCUGGCCGACAAGCUCAAGGAGCUGACGGACCUGGUGAUGAACACGAUCGAGAACGGCCGCAAGAAGAUCGCCGAUAUGCCGCACGCCAAGAAGAAGAUCAACCCGCUGUGGGCGUUGCUCAGCGAGCCGCUGUUCCAGAUCAUUGCGGCCGUGGGCCUGCUGCUGAGCGGCGUGCUGGGGCUUGUGGGCCGUCUGCUUGACACCCUCGGUCUGGGUCCGCUGGUGCAUGGCCUGCUGGGUGGACUGGGCCUGGAUAAGAUCCUGGGAGGGCUGGGGUUGAAUUCUGUGACGGACGCGUUGGGACUGACGGGGAAGAAGAACUAG